UCAUCAUCAGGCGACAGCAAAACACCGCGUCCUUUAGCCCCACAAGUCCCACACGCUGAAGACAUGCUGUCCAAAGAGGAGGGAAAGAAGCUCCAGAAAGGGGGGGUGAAGAAGAGGAAGCCCCCCAGUAACGAAGGAGAGGGAGGAGGAGGUAAGAGGAGGAGGAGAGCUGAAGAAGGCCAGAAGAACGUGGGGGACGGCGGCCCGCAGCGGCUGGAUGCUCUGAGUGUGGGUUAUUUCCGCCGAGUGGGGGAUCGACUCAGUGAGGGCUUCGAUGAUGGAGAGGAAAGAGAGAUGUUUGUGGAGAACGUCCUGAUGGAGGUAAAGGGCAAAGCCAGCCUGGUGGCGACGGACCGAACGGGGAGCAUCACCCUCCAGCGCCUGCUCCCCCUGUCCAGCCCGGACCAGGUGGGCCGGGUUCUGGCCGAGCUGGGGGGCGAGUCGGGCUCGGACCUGAAGGCGGUGUCCUGCGACCGCUGCGGGGGGCAUGUGGUGGAGAAAGAAGAAGAGGAGGAGGAGGAGGAGGAGGGCAGCGGGCUGCUGGAGGCCCAGGUGCUGCUCCUGAGCCGGGUGGUGCGGGAGAACGCCGCAGAGUUCAUCAGACACGUGCACGGCUCACACGUGGUGCGCACGCUUCUGCAUGUGCUGGGAGGCUGCGUGGGACCCCCCCGCACCCUGGCCCCUCCAGGUGCCAAGGAGUGCCGCGCCCCCCCUCAGCUGACAGACUUCGAGAUCCCGGCUUCGUUCUGGUACGAGUUAAAGAGCCUCACAGAGACCUUGAUGGAACACAUCAAUCGUGAGUCGUCUUUCAUCGUGAUUCGCCCUCGUCUUAUACCCGACCGCUGCUCCUUCUAUCCACUGAGGAGCUUUGAUGAGAACAUCUUCAGCCUGUGCCUGCCACAUGCUGCUCUGUUCUCCUCUUUUGCGGCCGCCCGCCUUCAAACUGCCCGAAACGUCACGGACGCCGUGGCCAGCGCCGUUUUCCAGACCAUGCUGACCGUGAGUGACCGCAAACGGCCCAAACUCUGCAGGCAGCUCCUCCGGCGCAGCGUGGAGUACCUGACCAGCCGCAGCGCCGCCCCGGGAGUCAGUCCCAUCCUGGUUUUCCUGAAGGACCAGGCCUCCAGUCGCCUCAUAGAGACCAUCCUGCAGCUGUCCCCCAAGGCCCUUCUCCGGGACCUGUAUAAGAACCACCUGAAGGGCCACGUGGUGGACCUGGCCCUCCACCCCAUCGCCAACUUCCCCAUACAGAGGCUAACGGCGGCUCUGACCAAGUACAAAUCGGUAAGUCGACCCCGGGGGCUGGCCAGAGGGGCCAGAGGGGCCAGAGGGCUGUGGCUGACGGGCGUUCCCUCCACCGCUUCCCUUCUGUUCCCGCUUUUGCAGUUCCUCACGUUGUUUGACGAGCUGGUCCAAGGCGUGGAGGCCAUCUUGGCGGCGGGUCACAUGGGCGUGAUCGUCCAGCUGGCAGAAAGCUGUGCGGAGAGUGGACAGAAGCAGGACGAGAUGAUGCAGUGCCUCCUGCGCGCCUUCCACUGCGCCGAGCCCGGCUCCCGACACGACACCUGCCUCCCUCUGUUCAUGUCGCUGCUCACCUAUGAGGUGUACUACCACUGCGAGACAGCAGAGGGCUCCACGAACACAGAGAUACCGCUGACCGCCAUCUGUUACCACGGCUCCCGGCUGGUCCAGGCUCUGGCUAAGUUCAAGGAGCGCUCCCUGCUCCUCAGCAGCCUACGCGCCCUGACCCCCCCCGACCUCCUCACCCUGGCUUCAGACGCCGCUGGCAGCCACGUCCUCCAGGCGCUGGUCACCACGUCCAGCGAUAAAGGCCGAGGCAAGAUCCUCAAGAGACUGGAGGGGCAGUAUGUCCAAAUGGCCUGCUCAAGGUUGGGCAGCCGGGUCCUGGAGGCCGUUUGGAGCAGCGCUUCGGUCAGUCAGAGGCAAAACAUCGCACAGGAACUAGUUCCAAGUGAGAGCCAGCUGAGAUCAGACCAGUUUGCCCGGCACGUUUGGGCUAAGUUUGCCCUCUCCCACUUCGUGCACCGCAGAGCCCACUGGCAGGAAAUACAGACCGGAGAGUCCAAGAAGAGGAAGCUCUUCAAUGACAUUAUUGAAUAAGAAAUUCCUUUUUGUACCAUAUUUCUAUGUGCUUUUUCUUAUCAUUCUCCCCUCCAUUUGCUGUAUUAAAAAGUAUUACUGCUAAAUCAACUUCCCGAACAGACAUGUUUUAUUGAAUGCCCAACAAGAAGUAAACCUAGGGGAUUUUAAAAAUGAGAAUAAAUUAAAUGGAGGUGCUUUUUUUUCUGUGCUUUCACAAAGAGUAGAAAAAUGAACAAAGAGUUGAAUUUCUUAAAGCAAUCUUAAGGGAUCCUACAUGGAUCUAAUGAGGGAGAGCCAUCAUUUGGCAGAUGUCCGUCUUUGGGGAGAAAGCCCCUGCUGCCACUCUGGUGUGAUGUUGAAACAAGAACACAGAGCAAUACCCUAAAGUAAUUAAAGCCUAUUUUACUUCUGAAGUUUCCCUUUGUAUCAAAUGUAGAACAUUUUCCAGAGCUAGAACUUUGUGUUCCUUAAUCAAAGAAUUCAAAGAUCCUUCUUACAUUUGAGAUUUGCUCUCAUGUCUGCA